AUGGCCGCGGCGCAACCGCACGACGUUUUCCUAGUCGACGAACUCGUCUGCAACGUCACUCAGGGAAGUGUUCUGUUCUCUGGUACGGGAGGAAUGGGAGUAGAUACUGAAGCUAGGUCGUCCUCUCCUGUGUUGGAUCAACCGUUUCAGCGACCACAACGUGGUGACAUUGACGCUGUAGAGCGAGUGAAAGAGGGCUGUGCGCGGAUUCUAUCUCGGAUCAACGUGAAGGUGCCGGAAUCCGGAGAAGAUGAUUUUCUUAUAUUCGCAACGAAUGCAUGCUGUGCUGAAUGGAAAUUACGCCAGCAGAAUUCGGAGAUUGCUUUGAAAGGCAUGAUGAUGAUUUUGGAACUGUGCCUUUCGCAACCGAACAAUCUAGAUAAUGUUUUUGGUAAUCUCGUCAGCCAGCUAGGCUUUAAUUCGGUUGCAUUUUGGAAAAUUGCUGUCCCAUUAGUUUACGAUUCGGAUCUGUCGUUUGGAACACAGUUCCGCGAUUCACUUCUGUUUUCGUUGGCGCUUUAUGACGUGAACAAUAGCAAAAAUAGAUUGCGCGAGCUCUAUGCAGCUGUACCAGGAGUACGUCAGAGCAUGCUGGGUGUGCAUGCGAAGAAAUUCGGCGAGAAGUACCGACAUAUUCAGAUGGUUCGUUCUCGUGCAAACUCGCGUAUGUCGUCUGUACAUGGAUCGAUGGAAGAUCUCCUUUCUCUUGACAACGACGUCGUGGAAGAUGGCCAGUCUGACGGAGCCAGUGAGGGACUGUCGGCUGGAACUGGAGUCGUAGGUCUGACAGACACUACCCAUCACAAGCAAAGAGUGAUCAAUGUGUCGAAUGCGCCGCCGGUAUCUAUUCAGCGAAAGGGUAGCGGAUGCUGGGAAAUUAAACAAGGAUCUGGUGGCUUGGUAUCUUGUGUGGAUCCAGUGAUGUCUGUAGAUAAGGAAAAUAUUUGGCUUUCGAACCUUGGUAUCAACAUCAACAAAGAGGAAAAUGAUGACUUAGCGGAUGUUCCUCCACCGUCGACAAACUCUCUCGGUUUGCCUCUGAUCAAACAGGCGAGGGCUGGUGAAAUUUUCCAUGUACUUGAAGAAAAUGACAAGAAACAGGAGCUCACUGACAAGGAGCAACUCGUAGAGAGAGAUAUGUCUCUGCUCUCCGUACUGCACGAUUAUAAUAAAGCCAACUAUCAGCUUAACCCUGUUUUCGUGGAUCAGGAGGAUUAUAAUGCGUAUUACGGUGGAAUAAGCAACGGUCUCCUAUGGCCGGCACUUCACAAUCUCUCGGAAUUCAUUGUGAAGGAAUAUGACGAUCCUGCUGUACUCCGUGAACAUUGGUGUGCAUAUGUACGUGUGAACUACCAGUUCGGUAUCAACGCAGCACGUAACAGCCGUCCUCAAGAUUUUAUUUGGAUCCAUGACUAUCAUCUCAUGCUAACUGGUCAGAUUAUGCGCAGUUUGGACAGUAACCUUGAGGUUGGAUUCUUUCUUCACAUUCCAUUUCAACCGCCAGCAGAUUUCAUGACGAAGUAUAAAGUGGUAGCUGAUCCGAUUUUACGUGGAAUUCUGCGUUUCACAAAGGUUGGUUUCCAAACCCAUCGCGAUCGCGAGCGUUACGUACAGAUGGUGAGGGAGUACAUCCCUCGAGCCAGAGUGCAUUUCGACAACAGAAUCGACAUAUUCACCGUUACCUAUGAGGGUUGGACGUGCUCAUUGGGAGUGUUCCCCGUAUCGAUCAAGAACGAAGACUUCCUGUCAAUUGCCAAUGAACCUCAGUGCGCCAUUGAAGCUCAGGAAAUCAAGCGAGAUGUGGACUAUUUAGUACUGUCCAAUAGCGGUGAAGGAGGCUGCUUCUUUUUCUCUGUCGAGAGGUUUGACUACACCAAGGGUAUUAUGGAGAAGCUGAGAGCGUGGAAAAGGUAUUUUGAAAAGCAUCCAGAGAGGAAAGGCCUAGAUGUGCUCUACCAAAUUGCGGUCACAAACAGGCGCGCUGUGGAAUCGUACAAAAGAUAUCAGCACACGUUGCUGACCUUUGCGAACACAUCAUUCAACGAGACUAUUGUCGAAGUGCAACUGGGAAAUGCAGGAUUUUACUCAGAGGACAAGAAGUGCUAUCAUCGUGUAGAUGACAUUGCUGAUGUCGAGAACUUUGCCGAGGUGUUCUAUCGCGCAGCUACCGAAGAAGGUGCAGUUCGGCAGGAGCAUGGUGGUCGUCUCAACCAAUUCCUCAAAAGUCAUGAUAUUGACGAAUGGAGCACAGCUUUUCUUGAUCCCAGCUGGACUCACGAAGUUAUCCGACCAACUGAGAUUCGACAAAUCGCCGAUUUCUACUUGCUAAUGGCGCAGACUGCGCAAAUCCGACGUCAAAUCGUCGAGGUGGUUCUGAAAGGAAUGCCCAUUCGGCCACAUUUUGCUCUAUCUCUUGAGAAUGCCAAGAAUUCUCUCGAGAAUUGUUGUAUGGCGGACUCGAAUCUUUUGGUGUUGGAGACGACUACCCAUAGUGAAGAUGACGACGUUGCUACUAACACUCAUGCUACGUUCGACAUCACCACUCUCGGCUCAUUCCAUCCGUCAGGUCCAACCGCAUUUGCUGCUGAGGUGGAGAAGGCUGCAGCUUUGUUGUCUCUCGGAGAUCAUUUCCAUUAUUUGUUCACAGACAGAGAUGGUACCUUGAAGAGUUACUCAUGUUCAUAUCCAACUAGUGUCCAGCCAGCAUACUCUGCUGUUAUCCAGGCUCAGUUUGCUCGGCGUUGUGCCCAAUUUUGCGCGAUCGUCACUACAGCUCCACUUGUACAUAUCGGAAUCCUCAAUGUGAGCACGAUGCCUGAAGGGUAUUACGCUUACGGCGCCUCUGCUGGACGUGAAUGGUACUUCAAUCCAGCCAUGCAGUUCAAGGAUGACAGCGUCAGCGACGCUGACCUCAUGCUGCUCAACAAAGCGUUCGAUAUGGUUGAGGAUUUACUGGAAAAACCGGAAUUCCGAAAUCUCACAUGGGUUGGUAGUGGUCUACAAAAGCAUUAUGGCCAUAUCACAAUUGCUAAGCAGGACGUGAAUAAUUCGAUUCCGCCCAGAAAGAGCAUGCAACUGUUCGUUGAAGUUUCGAAAAUUGUCAAUGAAGUUGAUCCUACUGGUGCAAUUCUGACGAUCAGGGAGAAUGAAUAUGAUAUAAAAAUCUAUACUAAGGCUAAAUUAUCGGGUCGAAUUUUCAACAAAGGUCACGGUGUUCGUCUUAUUGAGCGAAAGAUGGGCAUGCAACUGCAGGAUGGUAAUAUACUUGUUUGCGGUGACUCUGAUACCGAUCUCCCAAUGCUUGAGGAAUGUUUAUCGGUUGCGCCACCGAAUGUCUACACUAUUUGGGUGACGAAAGAUGAAGCGCUCCAGGAGAAGGUAACCCAAACAUGCGCACGUUUCCACAACAACAAUGUGACGUUCGUAUCAUGUCCAGAAGUAUUGCUGGGUGCGAUGGCUCAGGCUACAGUACGUGAACUGAAAGUGCGUGGAGGCAACCUGGACGAUGACAGUGACAUAUGA